AUGGAAAUACGUUCACUGCACCGAUGGUCAGCAAAGUGUGAAAGCGUUCUAUCGAGCUAUGGGUUUACAAUUCUCUUCCUCGUUUCAUAUAUUAACGCGCUUUUGCUGAUGUUCUUCUGGGGAGCACACGAAGAAUACGUUCAUACGAAAACACCUAUCCUGAGGUGGUACAUCUCAAUCGCACGCGGUUUUGGUUAUACUUUAAAUCUGAACUGCGGGUUACUCAUAUUUCUGGCUUCCCGGCUGGUAUUUACUCUCGUUCGCGAGACUCCAUUGAAUCUGGUUGUCCCUUUUGAUAAGAGCUUCCCAGCUUUUCAUGUUAUUGUCGCCUACAUAACGUUUGCAUCUGCUGUUUCGCAUGCCCUGUUUCAUUUGAUAUGGAUCAUUGAAUGGGGUCAGUGGGGAGACGGGCUGUGGGGAAUCAGCAUGUGCGUUAGUUCGGGCAUAAUCUUACUUGUGGUCUCGACUCUCAUUGUGAUAUCAUCUCUGCCAUCGAUACGUCGCACGAAGUUUCAAAUAUUUUAUAGCCUUCAUAACUUGUUUGCAGUGUUGUUCUUUACUCUUUUGCUUUUGCACGGAGUGUAUCGUGGAAAGCCAUACACUUACAAAUGGAUAGUACCACCGCUGAUAAUCUACACAAUGGAUAGAAUUGUCAGGCGCGUGAAGACCGGAAAUAGCAGCAUCUGGCUGUAUAGCGAAAAUUCAUACCUUUGUGGUACCAACAUUUUAAAGUUGCAACUUCCCAAGCAGUUCAAGUACCGUGCUGGACAAUAUGCAGAGGUGAAAGUCAAUUCUAUUCAUAACUACGAAUGGCAUCCGUUCACAAUCGCAUCUGCCCCGUUUGAAAAGACUAUGUGUUUUUACAUAAAAGCCGUAGGAGACUGGACAAGAGCCUUGCGACAAACGUUCGAAACGCGGAUACAGGAUGGUUCCGAAUCGUCCUUGCGGGUCCAGAUCAGGGGCCCGUACGGGGCUCCCGCUCAGCAUGUUGGGGGCUAUCAACGGGUAGUGCUCAUUGCUGGGGGGGUUGGUUCCACACCUUUUUGUUCUGUAUGCAAAGAUAUAUUUCACAAAAUGGACCACGAAAUAGAGCAAGAAGUUACGUCUGACGAAGAAAUUCGAGCGUCUAAGAAAUUUCGGAAGGUCGAAAGAGAGCUGAUGAGCUGUAUAGCGGAGCUUUAUAAUGAGGCCAUGGAAGAUAUCGAAGAGGAGAAUGUAGAAAGCGACAGAGAGUCGAAGCCAUAUUCUCUUGGUGCUCUCUUCGCCAUUACGAACGAGUUUGGGGACGGUGGUAGUGUUGCCGAACCGUCGAUGCGAAAGAUUGUGGGCCGUAUCAACGACUUGAAAAACCUUCAAUGCAGAAACCCGGAUUCUCCUUCGACAGGAGCGAAGUUACCACUUUCUUAUCCAUGUAAUCAUUUCGAGUCGAGAGAAAUUAUGGCAUCAAGAAGUGUAUUUUGCAUGAAUGAUACCGAGUGCAACACUAUUGUCGGAAGUAAGCUUCAGUUGAAUCGUUGGGAGAAAUGGCUCUCCUCUUUGCACACGAUCAGUGUAAACAUGUCAUUGUACAUGAUCAUGCUCCUCCGAGUGGUAGUGCUUGCUUACGCAUCCAUAUUCGAUUCCAUGCCGACAAUGUCUUCAAGCUCUCAGACAAGUGUUCUCUAUGACAACAUGUGGAUUACAUGGUGCGAUUCACUGCUUGGCCUUCUAAUUCUCUUGGUGACUUCGGCUACCUUGUGCAUCGAGCUUCUCGUCUACCGUAAAUCGUUCUUCAAGUCGAAAGGCUCGCUAACAGACGCACUACUUCUAAUCCCAGUCUCCGCCCUAUCCGUUUGCUUAGGCAUCAGUGCGAUCAUUGGCAGAAGCAAUGGCUUCUUCCUUCCCACCUAUAUCCAUUUUGGUGUCAUCUUACCGUUGUUAAUGGUUCUCCUGCUGGUGAGAUUGCACCGUGUGAUCGGAUCACGUGUGCUUCUGGCGGACUCGUACUCGCAUUCAGAUUACAAGAUCAUUCGGGCAAUCGACUUCAUCUGGACGACACCGUAUGACGACGACGAUGACUGGCUUCGGGAAGAGCUGGCGCCUCUGGCAGAUGGCGCUAGUUUGAGUCUGCAUCGAUAUGUAACUCGCGAGAAACAAGAUGUAGAGCGGGGUACGGGCGCUGGAAAGGACAGGGGAAUGGCAGGAGUACGACCGGAAUGGGAGGGCGUGCUGAAGCAGAUUGCAGAGGGCACGCCGACGAACGGCAAGGUUGGAGUUUUCUUCUGCGGGCCGAAGGGCAUGUCUAAGGCGAUUCGUAAGGCGAUCAUGAAAGUGCAGGUGCUGACAAAUCUCCGCGGGACGUACCUGGGAACUAUCCAAAGGACUAAUAUACGGUUCGUGUUCCGGGAGGAGAACUUUGGUUGA